AUGGCGAGGGGCAGGCGACAGACACGCGGGGAUCAGAGAAACCUCCCCACCCAGCCCAGCCCAGCCCUGCCCCCCGAAUCCAUCCAGCCCAGCCUAGUACCCUUCCCCACCCACCCAGCCAAGCCCAGUAUCACCAGUCCUCCCUAUCCAUCAGCCCAGCCCAGUACCCUUCCCCAUCCACUCAGCCCAGCCCAGUAUCCCAAGUCCCCCUACCCAUCCAGUGGCCAGUUCUUCUUGAUGUCUGAGGAACUCUUAACACAAAGCAGUUCAUUAGUCCACGAGUGCAUUUCCCUUUACUCUGCAGACACAGCACUCCCUGGACUCUGUGACAUCACUAAUCAGGCACCUCAGCACUUUGACUAA